CAUGGAUGUCCAGUUAAUGCUGUAUAAAAUGAAGUAUGUCUCUUAAAUUAAAUACCCCAAAUAUAAAAGGUGUAGGAAUAGAGGGACAUUUGAUAUGCAGUCUUGUCUUUCUUUUGCAUUUGAUGGAAAAUCCUGAUCCACAAAAUAUUUUAAUUUUGACUAAAAUUUUAACUGGUGGCUAAAACAAUUUUUGGCAUUUGAAAUAUUCUCAACCCAAAGAAAUAUGGAGCAGGAACCUAAGGGGCACUUGAAAUUUUGCAACCCACUAAAAUGCUUUUCGCCAAAUUUUGGUGGGAAAUCCUUGGCAAGGCAUUAAAAUUUUAUUGUUGGGGUACUAUCAGCUGCAUCGAUUUCAUAAAGCUCAUUUAACUGUCUGCAUUUAAAAAAAUUGCAAUUAAUUUUUUAAAAAUCAUUUAAUGAAUAACAAGGGGUGUUUUUGGAAUAUAAAAUGGCAAUAACAACUUUUGAUGUUCUAAUUGGUUGAUUUAUGCAGUUUUAUCUUUUGUCUGUUAAAAAAUGGAUCAGAGGGAGUAUUAUGUAUGUACUUGACUCAACUAAUUGUGUAAUGCAAGACACUUUCAUAUUGUUAGAUGGGCUACUUUUAGGAAACCUUUAUUAAGUUAUGAACUGCUGAUUAUUAUUUGUUCAUGUAGGUCUAUCACAGCUUCUGUGAGCCCAAUGGCUCACAUUUUGACUUUAAUGCAAAUUUUUACAAUUAAACAACUAUUGCUACACGAGCUACCCAUUAUUAAGUUAUGAUUUAUUGGAAGGCCGACAGGGUUAUUACAUGUUCACAUAGGUAUCACUGCUUCUGUGAGCCUAUGACCUCACAUUUCAACCCCAAAAGAAAGUCGAAUAGCAUUUUAGUAGGCCAGGGAAACUAUGCUCAUGCAAAUUAAAUCCAAUCUGAUAUGGUGGGUGGCCUUUCAUGUGUCCAAUUUUGAAUAUUGUUAUCCUUGUCUACGGUCUCCACAUGCUAUAAAAAUGGAAAGAUAACAUCUAAUUCCCUUGUCAAAAUAGGAAAUCAAAUGAUGAACCUGCCAUGAAAACUGGGUUAUGUAGAAUUUGAGAAAAAUUAUCAUUUUUCAAUAAUUUACUGUAUAUUGAUGACAUGCAGACUUUUUUGGAUGGGGAAAGAACCUCUAGAUAUUUGGCAAGUGAAACUAAAAAGGAAAUACUCCUUUGUGCUGCAACAGAGAUUACUGACCGUUAUUAUGAAUUAGCUGCCGACCUUGUUAGUGUGGCAAGAAAGACAGAAUCUUCACUUCAGAAAAUUAGACAGAGUGCACAAAGACGAGCAGGGGCAAGUUCAGACAUAUCCGAUAAUAAUGUGUCUGACACUGACAAAAUGUGCAUGCAGUUAUUCCUUGAUAUUCAGGAGUAUGCCCGCAACCUAUCUGCCCUAGGGGUUGAAGCAGUUAAUAUUCCAUCCUAUCGUUCAUUAUGGCAGUGUGUGGCUCCAGCAGAUAAGCAGAAUACGAUUAAAUUAUAAGAGUUUUCAUCUGGGGAGUCAAUGUGGCUUGUAGAUUGAUUGCUUUCUUGGUUGGCCAAGAUUUUGUGUAACUUAACCAUAAAAUUUAAAAUAUACAAAUUAGUUGGCUUUUACACAAUAAUCACACUUUACCAUAGUUCUUGAAGGGGAGUUAUGUUUUUGCUCGCAGCUAUUUUUGUAUUUUAGGCUCUCAUUUAUCACUGGGAUAGGUUCUCUGUUGUUAUCUUUGUGGCUUGUUUCUUAUCAUCAUUCUUUUAAAUUGCAUUUGCAAACUUGCGGCCAACUUUUUGUUGGUGGUCUUGCAGAUCCUUGUAUACCCUUAAUGUAUGUUUGGUUUUGGUAUCAAACCCUAGUGUGAUUUGAGAAUUGGCAGAGUAAUGUUUCAAGUGAAAUUUGAUUUAAGUGAAGUUUGGUUCGAGAAAGCAGAAUCCAUCUCUUUUCUUUUAAUUCGGUAGUUUCUAACAUGUUAAAAGAUUAAAAAAUUAAUUUUUAAUGGAGAACGAUACCUUUUAAUUUAGUUGGAUACUAGUACAUUUCUCCAAUCAAAUGAGAAUAUUCAAAUCUAUUCUAUCCCAUUCAACAGGCCGAAUUGACCCAAUUUUAAAACACUAAUUUUAAUGUCAUUCUUAAAUUACUAACAAUAAAGGCUGACCUGAAACUGUCAAUUUUACCAUGGAUGAAACUGGUUGUUUAUUAAUUUUAUGCAACAUUUAGAUUAAGUUGGAUGAGAUAAAUGAAAUGUAAAGUGUUUGAUUAAGAAUUUA